AGAACACGGGACCCGAACCAGGAACCAUUAUACUAAGUUGUCGUUCUUGUUAAUCGAUGGAAACGUCAUAAGAAAAAUUAUGCCAACAAGCCAUCUGUCAAAAUGGGAAACACUGACACAAAACUAAAUUUCAGAAAAGCUGUCAUUCAGCUAACGACAAAAACUCAGCCCAUUGAAGCCAGUGAUGAAGCGUUCUGGGAGCAGUUCUGGUCAGACUGUGUUACUUGUGUGCAGGAUGUUUUCACACUCAUACCCGCAGCAGAAAUUCGGGCCUUACGAGAGGAAUCGCCUUCCAACCUGGCAACACUUUGCUAUAAGGCUGUAGAGAAGCUUGUUGCAGCAGCAGAGAGUGGUUGCCCUUCUCAACGGGAACAACAAAUAGUUUUGAACUGCGUCCGAUUGCUAACAAGAGUACUGCCGUACAUAUUUGAGGACCCAGAUUGGAGAGGCUUCUUUUGGUCAACAUUGCCUGGCCAAGCAGAGGAAACUGAGAAUGAAAGUCCUCCACUGGCUCAGACAUUGCUAAAUGCAUUGUGUGAUCUGCUGUUUUGUCCAGAGUUUACAGUUGCAUCAAACAGAAAAUCCGGACCAGAUAACCCAGAAGAUAUGGCCUCCAUUGACAGUUGUGAAUACAUAUGGGAAGCAGGUGUUGGGUUUGCAAACUCCCCACACCACAAUGUUCACCAUGACAACAACCGUAGUGAAAUCAUCAAGUUGUUGUUGACAUGCUUCUCUGAAACAAUGUACCUGCCACCGAUAGCUGAUGCACACAGCUCUCCCAAUCAGUGGAUUCAUUUCUUCACCUCAACAGAAAACAGACAUGCUUUACCAUUGUUUACCUCCUUGAUCAACGUUGUGUGCGCCUAUGACCCGGUGGGGUACGGACUGCCCUACAACCACCUGAUGUUCACGGACUCCAGGGAGGCAUUGGUGGAGUCCGCAUUGCAGGUGCUCUGCGUUACCAUGGAGAAUGAGGCGACCAACCAGAACGUGUCUGUGGACGGCACUGCCGGGGGUACUGCAAUGGAGCCACAUGCUGAGGCUGCAGGUCCAGACAACUUGUUCGUGAACUACUUAUCAAGAAUUCACAGGGAGGAGGACUUCCACUUCAUUCUGAAAGGCAUAACACGCCUCCUGAACAACCCACUGAUGCAGACCUACCUUCCUGGCUCCACCAAGAAAAUACACUUCCACCAAGAGCUGCUAGUGCUCUUCUGGAAAAUGUGUGACAUUAACAAGAAGUUUAUGUUCUAUGUGUUGAAGAGCAGUGAUGUACUGGACAUUCUUGUCCCCAUCCUGUACUACUUGAAUGAUGCCAGGGCAGACCAAUCUCGGGUGGGCCUGAUGCACAUUGGCGUGUUCAUCCUGCUGUUACUGAGUGGGGAGAGGAACUUUGGGGUGCGUCUCAACAAGCCCUACACCGUGAGGGUACCCAUGGAUAUACCUGUGUUUACAGGCACACAUGCAGACUUUCUCAUCAUUGUGUUUCACAAAGUCAUCACCACAGGUCAUCAGCGUCUGCAGCCUCUAUUUGACUGCCUGCUCACCAUCAUUGUCAAUGUUUCACCCUAUUUGAAGACACUUUCCAUGGUAGCGAGUACUAAACUUCUGCAUUUACUGGAGGCUUUCAGCACACCCUGGUUCCUGUAUGCCAGUCCUACCAAUCACCACCUGGUGUUCUUCCUGCUGGAGGUUUUCAACAAUAUCAUACAGUACCAGUUUGACGGUAACUGCAACCUAGUGUACACAAUUAUACGCAAGCGUCAGGUGUUCCACCAGCUGGCCAACCUGCCCACUGACCACACUUCCAUCGCCAAGGCCCUCACAAAGAAGGGCCGUAAGUUGACCCAGCCCUCAACCCCUGAUGAGAAGGGGCCCCAGACCAUGGAGGGAGCCCUGCCCGCAGCCGAGGCAGAGCCGGGAACUCUGAAAGUCUCCCUUGCUGCAACCCCACAGGCCUUGCGUUUCCAACACGACCUUACUCGGGAUGACUCCGGGACCACAGUUUACAAUGGUAGUCCGAUAUUCACUGUGGACAAAUGUUCAGUGACCCGUCAAGCAAGUGCCAAAUCUGCAAAGUCAAUGAAACGCCUGGACAAGAUGACAGAGCCCACUGCGCCUGACGAGGGUCACAAGGAGGCCUCCAUGCAGGAGCUGGUCACCAACACAGGCACCAUGAGCAUCCAGCCCCGCAAUGAGAUAGAGGACCCCAUGGCCCCACAGGGGGCUGUAGGCAGGCAGGAACACAGGGUUCUCAAGUCACCCAGCACUGAGACUCCUCCUACAAGCCCCACCACCCCCACUACCCCAAGUGAGGCUUCAAAGCCACCGCUCAGACGGGCAGGAUCCACUUCUAGCGCUGCUGGAGGAUGGGUUGCCUCACCUGAAUGGGUCCAUUCCUGGAAGCACAAGCUUCCCUUGCAGACCAUCAUGAGGAUGUUACAGGUGCUGGUACCACAAGUGGAGAAGAUCUGCAUAGACAAGGGUCUGACUGACGAGAGUGAAAUCCUCAAGUUCCUGCAGCACGGUACCCUGGUGGGUCUGCUUCCGGUCCCCCACCCAAUCCUGAUACGCAAGUACCAGGCCAACAGCGGCACCACCAUGUGGUUCCGCACCUACCUAUGGGGGGUCAUAUAUCUCAGAAAUGUUGAUCCUCCCAUAUGGUAUGACACCAAUGUGAAGUUGUUUGAAAUCCAGAGAGUUUAGCAUCUCAAAUCCAAAGAGUUUAGCAUCUCAUCCAUGAAAAGCUCCCGCUUAGUCAUUGAAAAUCUCAUAGUAAUACUACAGCUAAAGCACAUAGGCAGCUUUCAGUUUGUAAACAUGAACAAAAAAUGUUGAAUGUUUUUAACUUAAUUUUUUUUUUAUUAAAAGAUUUGGACUGUUAAAAUGAUUCAUUCGCAGCUAUGAGUAAUGCAUAGUUUUGGCGAUUAUGUUGAGUUGUGCAUGUUUAUCCGGUUCUAUAAAUAUGUUGCAAAAGUAUUUGUUAUAUUAUUAUUUGGUUAAAAUGUAAUAAAACAGGUAAUCCUGCAAUAUACCAUACAUGUGUUAAUGUUUAACCUACAAUUGUUGAAUACUAUUUUACAAGGUACAUAAAAAUGAGGUUGUUUUAUUUGUAAUAUAUUUGAAUCCUGACUCUAUUAAUGUGUUGUAAUGUUCAUUCAGUGACAGUGUUGUUGAUUAUACACACACACCUACCAGACAAGGCUUUUUACUUUUUGUAAGUAGAAACUUAAAUCCACUAAUGAUGUCAGUCGAUGUUUUGGUUAAUUUUUGUCUAUUUACAUAACAAUUCACUAUACAUUUUCAUUUGAGUUAUACUUUAUACAUUCCACAUUGUCAAAGUGUUAAAUUGUGUGAAAAGAUUUAUUGGUUUUUGUUUAUAGCAUAUUAUUUUAAUGUGAACAGGAAAAAAAUAUGUAGAAAAUGGCAUCUUAAUAAUUACAUGGGUAUUGUUGAUGGUUAUUAAAUGCAUGUAUUUAUUAUUUGUUCUUGUGUAAUAAUCCUACUUCACAGUUUUCAUUCAAUUUAUCACCAACACCACAGUGCAAUAAACUCUGUACAUUCAUGGUCACUUGGUAUUUUUUUAUAUUGCUGAAAUAUAAACAAAAUAAAAUAACAAUACUACAUAAUACAGGUUGUAUUAUGAAAAAAAUACAUAGAGGAUAUUUGUUGGAUUCGAUGGAAUAUCGAUUUUAUUUUAGUAGUGAUCAUAUAAAAUAAUAUUUUCAUGAGUGCACAGCCACAAGUGAAAAUAUGUAUUUUUUAUGAUCACAAGUGAAUUAAAAUCGAUAUUCCAUCAAAGCCAACAAAUUUUCUUUUUAUUUAAUUGCUUUUUUCACCAUUAAUUUUCAUUUGUAAAAGAGUUUAACUGGAUAAAGUCGCUGGAUUUAUGACAUCAUUUUGUCGAAAAAAUGACGUCAUUUCACAGUAAAACAGUGAAGAAUAUCGUUAUUUUUCACUGUUUAAACCAGUGAAAUACCAGUUUUAUUUCACUGAUAUUUUGCUAUAAACCACCGGAAAGCAUAAAAUAAAUAAAUUUAGCUAAUUAUAUCUACACAUAAGCUAUUAAUAUCUACGCAUUUUGUUAUUGGUUGAUUAAUCUACCUAUGUUUAUCACUAACAAAUUACCUUGAAAUUCCUGUUGGCAUAUUUAUCUGAACAAUUUUUUAUUUUGUUUAUUCAUACAUGUACCAACUUAUCGUUAAGUCAAAGCAGCUAUGUGUUUAAUUUAGCUGGGCUUGGUAAGACUCUACGUCAUUUCUUUCUUACUUAGCAUUAUGAAUUGGUUAGUUGCACCAUAAAGCCAUGACAUAUUGUUUCUCAUUUCUGUUCAUGCAUAAUCUCUGUGCAAUAUGCUUCAUUUACUUUAUAGAAUCUGUAUUGUAUACUCCAACAAUAUUGUUGUUAUCAGUAAAUGUUAUUGUGUGAGAUUAGUGGAAUUGAUGGUUCCUGUCUGUGUGUUGUUUUGUUUACAAGAGUUUAAAUCAAAUCUGUACAUUAUCAGUUGGCUACAUGGGCACAUGGGGGUUAUUAAGCACUUACAUAUAUAGCAAUUUGCAGGAGGUUUAAAAUUGGAAUAGCAAAAUUUAUAUAUUCUUAUAUUGCACAUCAUUUAAUCAAUUCCUAUUAUUCAGGACUAUAUAAUGCUAUCUCGUCAUAUUUAAAAUAUAUUACAUUCCUUUUUUAAACCUACCACUAUCAGGAAAUAUGCAGGUCUUUGAAACUGUAAUUACGCAUACCGGUAGUUAAGAUUUUAAUUGGAAUCUUUUAUCAACUUUGUUACUUUUAAUUCUUUAAAAAAGGAAACACAAAAAUGUUUGGAAUGUGCAUAAUUUGGAAAUAAGUGGGGAUACAAAAAUAGUAUUUUAAGAUUUUCUGUUCCUCAAAUGUGGUACUGUUAGCUUAGUUUUGUCUUCUUCAAAAUGGGUAAUAAAUUCAACUAAACAGU